AUGUGUUCUUUUUUGCCCGGACGGCACGGAUCAUUAGCACCAGCAUGGGGCAGUUGUGUAUGGGGAGUAAGUGUGCUUAUGUGUUGCUACUUUUGGGAUAUGCCGAGCGUAUCUGGCGAUAGCUUCACGCAAAUAGAAGGUAUCAUGGCGUCGGGCGAGACUCGAAACCCGAACGCAUUUCCCAUCCAAGGCCGCCACGCCAACCUACCUCGCCACGCUUCGUGUAUCCUCCUCCUCCUCCUCCUCCUCCUCUUCAGCAUCUUCUUCGCGGGCCUAGGCAGAG